AUGCCAACGGAAACCCACGUCCAACAUGCUUCUCAGCCAACCCCUCCGAGAAGACGAAUCGUCGUCGCCAUGACCGGCGCCACCGGCGCGAUUCUCGGCAUCAAAGCGCUCAUCGCUCUUCGUCGCCUCAACAUCGAAACCCAUCUCGUCAUGAGCAAGUGGGCCGAGGCCACAAUCAAAUACGAAACCGAUUACCACCCUGCCAACGUCAAGGCACUAGCCGACCACGUACACAACAUCAAUGACAUGGCUGCGCCUAUCUCAAGUGGCUCAUUCAAGGCUGAUGGUAUGAUCGUGGUACCAUGCAGUAUGAAGACACUUGCUGCGAUCCACAGUGGCUUCUGCGAUGACUUGAUCUCGCGCACUGCGGAUGUCAUGCUCAAGGAGCGACGAAAGCUCGUUCUUGUUGCAAGGGAAACCCCCCUGAGUGAUAUUCACUUGCGAAACAUGCUUGAAGUUUCACGUGCGGGUGCUAUUAUCUUCCCACCCGUGCCAGCUUACUACAUCCGCGCUGCUUCCGUGGAUGAUUUGGUCGAUCAGAGCGUCGGCCGCAUGCUCGACCUGUUUGAUCUGGAGACCGGAAACUUCUCCAGAUGGGAAGGCUGGGAGAAAUGA